GGAAACUGAAAUGUCCAAUUUGCUAACAUUGAACACGGCACGUAUAACUAACUACAACCAGUUAGCAAGGCAGAAAUGUCCCAUUUCCGAAUAGUACUUGAACGCGGCAGUAAUUAGUUGUUGCAGACCCGACUUUGUGGAGGUUGGGGCUCCAACAUAUACUGUACCUCGCAAGGAAACUGCAAAACAAGUAGUUCACAGGAUGUAUACGUUUAUGUUAUUUGUUUUUUAUUUCUCGACGGAAUGUAUUGUUCAGAGCCAAAGCGAGAUCUACUCUCUGAAUUACAUCUACACUGCCCUCUCAAAGCCAGUUGAAUUGCCUGGUAUCCAUGAGUUCACUGCCAUGGGUCUGAUGAAUAACAGACAGAUCGACUACUAUGACAGUGUGGAUAAAAAGAAGAUUCCCAAACAGGACUGGAUGAGGGACAAGCUGCCAGCAGAUUACUGGGAAAAAGGCACUCAGUCACGCAAGAGCAAGGAGCAGUGGUUCAAAGUCAACGUCAACAUCCUGAUGGAACGCAUGAGGCACAACAACACUGGUGUCCGUAUCCUUCAGUGGAAGCAUGGAUGUGAGGUUGACAAACAGCCAGACGGCACAUUGAAAUUCAUAAAGGGCACUGACCAAUACAGCUAUGAUGGUGACGACUUCCUGGCCUUUGAUGAUGUCACUAUGCAGUGGGUGGCACCAGUUGAUCAAGCUCUGCCGACUAAGAGGAAGUGGGACGGGGUGCAGAUCCUCAACCAGUACACCAAGGGCUACCUGGAGAAGGAGUGUGUGGACUGGCUGUCCAAAUUCAUGGAAUAUGGGGAGAAACAUUUCAGUAGCGCUGACUCCCCUCCAGAUAUCAAUGUUUUUGCUAAUAAGGCCAAAACUGCAGGAAAUGUCCACCUGACCUGCAUGGCAACAGGUUUCUAUCCCAAAGAUGUGAUAAUUCAUUUUAAGAAGAAUGGGGUCCAACUGACCGAAGACGAUGGAGUACUGUCGACAGGAGCCCGACCCAAUAAUGAUGACACCUACCAGAUCAGGAUUAGUGUGCAGAUCCCAGAGGCAGACAAGCAAACCUAUGAAUGCUCUGUUAGCCAUAUAACGUUGGUGCAGCCAAUUGUGGUAAAAUGGGAUGGAACAUGCCGUGAUUUUAGCCAAUCCACAGUUCCUAUCAUUGCUAUCAUCAUCAUUGGUGGUUCUGUUGCCAUUGGCAUAAUUAUCGUGCUGUUUCUUUCGAAGAAGGGCAAAAUAUGUGCUGGUAAUACAGGAGCUCCACCACCUACUGGGAUCCAGGCCUCUCUAAUUGGCAAUGGGAAUGGAGCGACCAAUUUGAACAUGAUCUACACACCAAGCAAUGGGAAUGGAGCGACCAAUUAUAACAUGAUCCACACACCAAGCAAUGGGAAUGGAGCGACCAAUUAUAACAUGAUCCACACACCAAGCAAUGGGAAUGGAGCGACCAAUUGUAACAUGAUCCACACACCAAGCAAUGGGAAUGGAGCGACCAAUUUGAACAUUACCACCACACCAAUGACAAUGGAUGGCGCUAGCAGCACUUCCUCUGACUCUGGUCAAGGCAUAAAUGAACAUCUAGAGAGAGAGGCAAUGCUGACAAAUGGAGUAGGCGAAGAUGGUGGAAGUAGCAACUCAUCAGACUCUGGUAAAGGCAGCCAGAAGGAAAGGUCUUCAGACGGAGCCAGUGAGGAGGAAGUUAAGACGCCGAUGCUGCUUAAUUGAAGUGGCUAGAUGACUUGGUGGCCUAACUUCCGGACCGGUCAAUUCAUUUCAUAUUAUGGCUAUUGAUAAUGCUUGUUAUUCAGUUACACUGCUAAAUUCUUAUAAGUUUGUGAUGGAAAUGAUAGUUACUUAUAGUUACAGUUAGUAUGUGCUGAAAAGUACUGCAUUUAAUAGUGUUUGCUGUUCUUCAGUAAGGUUCUGUACUUCCAAAUACACUCAAUAGUGUGUGGUUAGGUACCGGUCGGGUCGAUGUGUACAUUUCUCUUCAAUGAAUUUAUUCUGUCGUACAUUUCAUGUUUUACUGUUACACUGGAUGUUACUGAAGGCAUCUUUACGGUAUUUGUAUCAGUCUUCAUGGAUUGUAACUAGACCUGUACUAGAUCAGGGUUAUAUAGGCCUAGAAGUAUACUGUAUGUUAGUAUGUUUUCAUUCCUCCGGUCUCUGCCCAAUCGGUGACAAACCUUUCUUUUAAAUAACAUUUCAAAAGAGUUAGCGAAAAAUUUUGAGUAACAAAAAAGCUGUACAACACAUUUACUGUGUUUCAUGACUGUUUUUACAUUUACAUUUUAGUCAUUUAGCAGACACUCUUAUCCAGAGCGAUUUACAGUAGCAAAUGCAUACAUUUCAUACUUUUUUUUUCUUUUUCGUACUGGUCCCCCGUGGGAAUCGAAUCCACAACCCUGGCGUUGCAAACACCAUGCUCUACCAACUGAGCCACACGGGAACCAUAUUGUAUUGUAUUGUAUAUCUUGUUUUAAGUUCCUGCAAAUAUAUAUAAAAAAAUAUGUUUAAUAUUGUGGAGUAUUGUUAAUACUUUUGGUAUUUGCAAUAUAAUAUUUUAAGAUUGUUUAUUUCAACCAUUUCAAUGGGUUGCUAAGCUAAGACAAAGCUACACUCUUGAAUUAAUAUGUAGUGGAAUUUCUGUUAAUAUCACAUUGUAAACAUUGUUUUAUCGAGGACACAAAUAAUCCCAACAUGUCGUCUUGAAGCGCAGGAUUUAAAUAGUUUCUCUUAUCCCAGAAACCUGGUCAGCGUUUUUUUUUAAAGGGGCUCUUGUUUUAUUUCAAUAAUUUUGCAUGGCAUUGCUCUGUUACUAUGUACUGACCAGUAUGUUACAUCACUUAUUACAUGCCCACGGAUGCACGCAGAACACACACACACACACAAUGGUUAUAACCUGUACAUGCUUCUGAAAUCUCCUGUAUGAUUUUUUUUUUAUGACAUUUUUUUUAAUGAUGUUUUUUGAACAUUCUAUCAUUCAAAAUAGGGUCUACCAUAUAUAUGUACAGUGGAUUUAGAAAAUAUUCAGACCCCUUCACUUUUUCCACAUUUUGUUACUUUACAGCCUUAUUUUAAAAUUGAUUAAAUAGUUUUUUCCCCCUCAACAAUCUACACACAAUACCCCAUACUGAUGAAGCAAAAAUGUAUUAUAAAUAAAAAACUGAAAUAUCACAUUUA